UGUGGUGUUCUUCAUGGCUUCUUCUUUCCAGUCUAGUUCAGGUUUUUUAAAAGCGCGUAGUAAGUCGUGAUUGGGUGGGAGAAGGGUGUGUAAACAUGUGGCGGUGAGCGGAGGGCGUGGGCGCUCACCUUGACCCGGCGCUGUUUCGCCGCCACUCGCUGCGUCACGUGGGCUUCCUGUCUGAGGCCGCGACAGAAGCUUGCGGUUGAAGAUGGAAAAUGUCAGCGGGCACCUGAAAGAACAGGCCAAAGAAUGAGUAAAAGAAAGAGAGAGAGAGAGAGAGGACUGAAUGAGAGCGUGUGACACAAAAGGGGGACAGCAGGAAACCAAAGAAGGGGACUUCUUCGACAGUCCAGCAGAAGGGCUGACAAUGCGUCUCUUCAUCGGGACUAACUGCUGUCUUCUAUAAGCCAACAAAGUCAGUCUGACCCCAGUCGUGAUGUGGGGGACGGUCCAGCCCUGUGUUAUCCUGGCCCUGCUCUUGUCUCUUCACGCUAUGGACAGUGACGCAACAUCGCAAGGGCUCUCCUGUGUGAACGACUUCAUCAACAACGUCACUUGUACGUGGCACAGGUCUUCGGCGAAUGCUAGCCGGGACUGUAAGAUCACAGGCCACAAGAAAAAAUGGAUGAAGGCGGGCAGAGUACAUUCAAUUGUUAUCAGCCAAAGCUGCAAAGUGCAAGAUCGCGCUAACUCGGCGCCAGGAUGCAGCUUUGUCUUCGAAAAUAACACGUUCACCUAUUUUGAAAAGAUGCCCAUCAUCAAUACGACGUGCGACAGGAAGCUGAUCAUCAAAGACUAUCUCGUCGAAAGUCACAUUCAAAUGCACCCUCCGGGCCUCCCGAAUGUCACCUGCGAUGACAAUGAAACCGUGAUCCGAUGGGGUCCCAGCAGCCCCCUUUCCAGGUUACUGGAAAAUUUGGAGUACGAAGUCUACAUCCAACACAGUGACCCAAAGAUGGAGGAAGCCCACACAUUCCACUCCAGCAAACCCCAGGCAAGGAUCCCUGCUUGGAAGCUAAAAGGAAAGUACCAGGUUCGGGUGCGAGUCAAGCCAGAAGACAUGAAAGGGAGCAUCUGGAGUGAGUGGAGUCCAACCACAGUAUGGGCGACACUAUCCGAGAAUACAGGUUGGGGUUUGGAUGCAACUUUUUUAAUCCUCGCUGUUUUCAUCAUCAUGGCUGUCAUUGCUAUAAUGCUGGUCUUUUACAAAAGUAUUGUCAACAAGAGGCUCUUCAAAGCAAAGCCAGUUCCUAAUCCCUCCAAAUACUUUCAAUCGCUUCACUCUGUCCACAGUGGAAAUCUGAAAAAAUGGCUGAAUCCUCAUUACGCUGCUGAAAUCUUGGACACCACCCAGUCUGUCGACCACAUCUCCCCUGUGGAGGUGUGUGAGAGCAGGGGUAUUUGUCGUAACAGCACCACCUGUGCCCCACCACCUCCAAGCCCGUCAGAACCAAACAGGCUGGUAGAGAACUCCCCUGCUUCGUCUGGUUUCUCUAACUUGGACUACUUUGUGUCAGGCUCCUCCGGCAGCUCCCUUAAAACCAAUCCCUACUUUGCCUACAAGGACGACGGCCACAAUCCGCACAAGGCGCAACACCUCCACCUGACCUGUACAUCUCUGAGCUGGGAGAGUGUAAGGAGCAGCGCACAAAGCCCGGAUUCCGGAUUUUGCAUUGGAAAGGAAGACGUGGAGAUCAAAGAUGAACAGGAUGCGAGUGGAGAGGAUGACCAGGUCUCAGGUCAUCUCAGCUCUUCCCAACUGAGCCUCCAUCUCAAUAUUCCCGUCCAGAUAAGCGGCCAGUCCUCCCCUCCUCCCCUGUCUCAGAUAUCAGCCGAUAGCGCUCCGACGCAACCACUUAUGCUAGUUGCUAAUGUAAGCGCCGCAGGCUGGCCAGUACAAUGUACGAUGCACCGGUCUUCCUCCAUGCCGGUGGAGUCGAGCAAAGCGGGCUAUUUCCUCCUUCAAGAGAUACCAACUACUUUUAGCAACGCCUCUAUCUGACCUCUGUGCAAACACAUUUUUCCAUAUUGCUGCUGAAACUCAAGGGGAAAAAAACAAAGAAAUCAUGAGUUACCAUAUUUGUGGCAUAAGAAAGGGGCAGCAGAUGGCAAUGAGAGGUUUAUGUUUAUUUGCUACCACGAUGCAAAAAGGUAGAUACCAGGGAUGUCAAACAUAUGGCCCGAGGGCCGGAUCAGGCACUCGAACAUGUUUUAUCCAGCCCGUGAGAUGAGUUUGCUAAGUAUAAAAAUUAACCUGAAAUUUUUGAAUGCAAGAAACAGCUGUUCUAAAUGUGUCCACUGGAUGUUGCAAUAGCAAUUCUUUGUAUCUUUGUAGAUGAUGCUACAUACAGUAUGUACAAAAUAAACUACAUGAUGAGUCGAGGAAAAUGAUCAAAAUACAUAAAUAACAUCCAAUAAUUGGAUUUUGAUAUAAUUUUUUAUCUUGAUAGGCUGAAAAUUAACACCAAUGAGUUGACUGAUGAACAUUACCACAUAAUUUAUUCAGAAAGUAUAAAUAACGACAAAUAAAUAUAGAAUACUAUUAACCACAUGCAAGUGUAAAAAAAACUAACAAAAUUAUGAUUUGUAUAAUUUCAGAAUGUGCUUUUUCUAUUUUUAAACAAAGAAAACAAUUUGAGGUCGUUUUUAUUUUUAUGUUAUAGCGCCGUGAUUUGGGGGUAAAUUUUUCUUCAUGUGGCCCCCAAUCUAAAAUGAGUUUGACACCCCUGGUCUGUACGGAACAAAAGGUUUAGGGAUGGGCCGAUCGAUCGAUCGAUCGAUAUUGGAUAUGUUACCACCCUUGCUGAUUUAUGAAACUGUAUUUUUUUUGGUCCCCCGGCUGAAAAGCGGCUAGCUGCUUUGCGUCUCCAUUCACAGUGUGGCGCGGCGCUCCGCCAAAUUAAUAAUAACUAUCACAGCAAAUAAAUCAAAUUUUUUAGUGACCUAAGUAUCUUAUAACCGGUUCUUGCUCAGAACCAGUUCCUUGGAAUCGUUUGCCAUUUUGUCAAACGAUUCUCAUAAUGGUUCUACCGAGUGGGUAUGACGUCAUUACGCAAAAUGGUGGUGCCCAAUUGGAACAAACAUUAACGUUUUACAAUAAGGUAUUGCGACAGUGCUACUUGUAAUAAUUAUAAAGCUGCUAGUUCAUCAAGAGGAGGACAUGUGAGCAAUAUGCUGAAACAUUUGAACACACAGCAUGCAAUUAUUAUAAAUGAAAGUCACGUUUUUGAAUCCCAGCAUAGCAAGUCAUCUGAAUACAACAAGUACUAACUAUCAUGUCAGCGCUAUCAAUUGUUAAAUUGAAAUUAAUGCAUCUUCAUUUAGAUGAGAAUGACGAUAAACAGAUUGUGACAGGCUCUGAGACGGGCAGCUCCAGUUCAUGUCUGCCGCUAGACGAAUGUUACCAAGCAGAGACUAAGUUUGUGGUUAAAAGCUUGCAUCGAUUUGCUACAGUAGAUGCUCCUAAUUUUUGGUAGGUGGAUGUUCAAUUGUAGUCACAGAAAGGUUUGCAUGUUUUCCUCGCACCAGAUUUUCUCAGUCAUUAUAUUACACAGGUGAAACUAAAAAAAAAACUGAAUAUCAUGUACAAGUCCAUUCAUGUCAGCAAUGUGACAUUAACUUAUUACAUGUAAAGUGAGGUAUGUUAAGCCUUUAUUAUUAUUUUGAUGAUCAUGGCUUACACGUGUUGAAACCCGACAUUUUCUGAGAUUUUUUUAAUUCUAGGUUUUCCUAAAGUGUAAGCCACAAUCAUCAAAAUUAUAACCAAUAAAGGUUUGACAUACCGUACAGGCCAAAAGUUUGGACACACCUUCUCAUUCAAUGGGUUUUCUGUAUUUUCAAUACUAUUUACAUUGUAGAUUGUCACUGAAGGCAUUAUAACUAUGAAUGAACAUGCCGUAUUUCCUUGAAUUGCCGCAGGGCAUAUAGUCUGCGCCUGCCUUGAAUUACCGCCGGGUCAAACUCGAUUCCCAAAAUAAUUAGCGCAUGCUUAGUAUUACCGCCUGGUCAAACUCGUGACGUCACGAGUGACACUUCCCCAGUCAUCAUUUUCAAAAUGGAGGAGGCUGAUUUUAAUACUGGUCAUUUUAAAUCGCGUAAAGGGAAGAAGAUUAAGAUCUAUUCAGUAAGAUUUAAGGUCCAAAUUUUUACUGCAUACCUUUGGUAAGUUCCGGAGUGAGAAGAGGUUUUAAAAUAAUUAGCGCAUUCUUACUUUUACCGCAUGCCUUUGGUAAGCGCAGGAGUGAGAAGAGGUUUUAAAUUAAUUAGCGCCCCGGCGGCAAUUCAAGGAAAUUAGGUAUGUGGAGUUAUGUACUUAACAAAAAAAGGUGAAAUAACUGAAAACGUAUAAGAAUGUUUAAUAUUCUAGUUUCUUCAAAAUAGCCACCCUUUGCUCGGAUUACUGCUUUGCACACUCUUGGCAUUCUCUUGAUGAACUUCAAGAGGUAGUCACCUCUAAUGGUUUUCACUUCACACGCACACACACACAUAAUUUUGGUAAUUUAACCCCCCAAUUCAAACCCCAUGAUGCUGAGUGCCAAGCAGGGAGGUAAUGGGUCCCAUUUUUUUUUGUAGUCUUUGGUAUGACUCAGCGGGAUUUGGACUCACAACCUGCCAAUCUCAGGGCGGACACUCUAACUACAAGGCAACUGAGCAGGCUAAAUACAAAUUUAAUGCUGUCAUUGCUCAAUUGUUUUCAGUUAUUUCACAUUUUUUGGUAAGUACAUAACGCCAUGUGUUCAUUCAUAGUUUUGAUGCCUUCAGUGACAAUCUACAAUAUAAAAUAGGCAUGAAAGUAAAGAAUACACAUUGAAUGAGGAGAAGGUGUGUCCAAACUUUUGGCCUGUAGUGUAUCUAAUUUUGCAUGUAAUAAGUUAAUAUCAUAUUAUACGAAAUGUUACAUUCUUGUGUAAUUCUCACAUGAAUGUGCAAUGAAUUCUACUGAAGAAUAUUUAUUUUUUACAUAUUUUUUUCAAAAGUAUGUGACCUCCCUUUAGGCUUUGUAAGGUCAUGUUACCUCUAUACUCCACAAAAUUGAUUUUAAUCAACCCUUGAAACAACAAUAAGAAAUAAGUGACUGCUAUUAUAAAUCUACUUGCUAAUUGACUAUUAAUAUCUGGUUACUUUCGGUUACAAGUAACAUGGUUCUAUCUACACUUCUGUUAAAAUGUAAUAAUGACUUAUUCUGCGGUUGUUUCAAUACUUUGCAUUGUUUUUGGGCAAUACUACAAAUUUGGGUAUCUAUCCAAUACAAAGUAGUCAGAGAGAAAGUAUUGGUUAUAUCAAAACUGAUACUUAAAAUGUUCAAGACUGUUGAAUGAUUACAUUUUGGAUCACAAUUAUGAUCAGACAAAAACAGGAUUGCCAUUGCCUCUGAUUUAAAUCCUUUGAUUUUGGGGUCUUAAAGCUUCCUGUGUCCAGGGACUCAUUUCCUGAGCUUAUGAACAAUAAUAAAAAUAUAUCCUUACAACCACUGUAGUAUCAACCAUAUACUGAUACUAUUCUUGGUAUUGUUAUGGUCGAUAUUUGUAUCAAUCUGGCCACUAUGGUUGACAUUCAAAAUUUCGAAUUUAGCAGUUUGCCUAUCCUCCGAGUGUGCGUAGUGUAUCAUGUUUAGCUAUUCCUUGUCCUCCGAAGAUAAUACUACUUGUAAGAAACCGAGUUUGUUUGCCGCCAUGGAGGCGAGGAUUGCUAUCUUAGAAGUGGCUUUGCACUGAAAAGUAAAACCCCUCCUAAGUUCAAAAGCAAAAAGCAAACGAGCAUUCUCGCUAGCGCCUAACGUCCCUCAACUUAAAACUUUCAGGUUUCUAACUUAGGAGGGGUUUUACUUUUCAGUGCAAAACGUCCCAUAUUCAUCAUUUGUAUUCUUAAUUACUUAAUGUGAUCCUUACUUAAGCACAGUAACUACCGUGAAUGCUGCAAAUAUAGCAGGAGGGUUUAUUUACCAAAAACAGAGACAACCAGGCGAUAAUUGGAGAGAAGCUGCUAUUUCCCGACUGUGAAUAAUCAUUAUUACAUACCACUUUAUAUAUAUAUAUUUUUUUUUUUUAAGGUUUAAUAAUGAUCAGUAGUGCAUGAAGACAUGUAAAAGAUAAAUCACCAUUAACACAGUUGAGUUCAAUGUAAACAAGAGCUGAGUGGUGAAACCCACAUUUACAAGAUAAAGCUGCUGGAUGCUGACCACUAAUGAUACUUAACGAUGCCACUGUACUAAUAGCUAUAUGCAUCGGAACACCACUAAACACACCUUCCAUGCACCUUCUCAGCCAAAGAAUAAGAAGACAGAGCAAUGAUGCCAAAUAUAGUGAGUAUUUAGAUGCCUUUAGAUCAGUAGUGUUCAAACUUUUUUCACUAACGCCUACACACUGAAAAAUUAAAGCCAACAUUUUGAAAAGGUUUCAUUUUCAAAACCAAUACAGUAUAUAGAUUUUUUUUAACAUAUCAUUAUUUACUUUUUUAUUAUUCAAUGUAACAUCUCAGAACUAACUUCAGGUCUUUCUGUCGAUAUAACGUUAAAAAACAAACUGUUUUAUGUUUCAUGCCCUUUUUGCAAAGAAAACACUGUUUUAACGGCAAAAACACAAAGUAUGCAAUAUCACUCCCCUAAAAAAAUUCUAAGUUAAAUAUUUGAUGUAAUUGGAGCCAUAAAUAAGUUAAUUAUUUAAAACACCAUUCAUUUGAAUUCUUAUUUUUUGAGCAGUGACAGUUAAAAAAAAAUUGGGUAUCCAUAAGGGCCACACUCAUGAGUGUUAAAAAUGUGUCAUACAAUUAAGUCCCUAGAACAAUUUCAGAUUCAUCCCUCGAUUAUAAGUUUUUAUUAUCUUGUAUGUUUAUAUUGUUUGUUUAUUUUAUGAGGUUUUGUCACAGAAAAAAUGUUGUUAUAUGGAAAACAAACUAAAUAUGCAAGACUGUAUUUAUUCCAAAAAUGGUUUCAAAGUGGAAUAUUUGAUCUGUAGUAAUUCAUAAAAACAAUCAUUUUGAUUCAUUAUUAUUUUUCGAACAAUGACAGCAUUAAAAAAACAGCCUACAUGGCAGUUUUGUGUAAUUAGAGUCAACUUUGCAACUUUUUCUCGCUAUAUUUCACCUGUUUACCCUUUUAUUCCACUUUUUUAUGUUUCAUUUUAUUGAAUUUCUUUUAAUAGCAUUUUUUAGAAUGUGCCGCGGGCUGUUAAAAAAAUAGCUGCAGGCCGCGAAUGGACACCCCUGUUCUAGAUUCUCGUUUAUUUUUUAAAAAGCAAAACAUACAGUACAUUUUUCUGGUGCUAAUGGGAACUUUGGGAGAAGAGCACAUUGUCUAACGCCAACCAAAGAUAGCAAAACAAUAUCUAAACGGUGGGCAUUUAUCCCGGAAAAUUUGAAAAAGCUGCUGAUGGUGUGUUUGACAGAAACACAGCUUUAAGGAUAUACUGUAGACUUCUGCCUCCUUGUUGUGUCACCCCUCAGAGUUAUCUUUACUCCCCAGAGUGAUAAAAGUUUGCACAUAUUAAAAAGAGUUGUAUAAUUUCCGACUGUCUGUGAGGCCACGAAUGCACACAGGUCGAGUUCUGAGCCGUAAUGAAGGCAGGUGAAAGAGACUGGAAGCCUGUGUGGUCAGUUCAGCUUCUCCAGUGUGCAACCCCUUGGGUAAGCUAACCAUGAACACUUGCCAAAAAAGGAACAUCUUAUAAGGAAAAUGAGAGUUUAAUUUUAUCUGGACAGAUUGUUUUUCCUGUAAAAUAAAAAAAAAUGUAAAAAGUUUAUAAGCUGUGUUACAUUUUGCGGCUCUGUACUAUUUUUUUAAAGUGGAAGAGGCAGCAAAUAUCCCUUUUGAAGGUAAAGGUUGCAGACCCUGCCGUAGACUCUCCAAAGUAGCUGCUGUACAGUAUUAUUACAUUACAUCAUACAACUACUGUAUUUGUUAAUACUACGUUCUAUUGUAAUGUUGUUAGUACAAUAUUUUUUAUCUAAAAGUUUGUUUUUUUCUCUUUCAAAAUGCAUGUCACGUGUUAAAAUUGUGCUGUUUUGGGGAGCCGAGCAGAAUAAUUUCAAUGGGAGACGUUAAUUUGAGAUACAAGUGUUUUGAGUUGAGAGCUCCCCCAGAACCAAUUAAGAUGGCAAGGUACUACUGCAUUUGUUUUGCUUUUCUUGUUUUUUUGCUGGGAUUAUGUGAAUAGUGAUGAGUGUGUUCUACAAAACCCAAAACCAGUGAAGUUAGCACGUUGUGUAAAUUGUAAAUAGCCGGUGGCGUUUCUGGGUGUUGUUGAUAAAUGGCAUUCGCUUUGCAUAGAAGAGUUUUAACUUGCACUUACAGAUGUAGCGACAAACUGUAGUUACUAACAGUGGUUUUCUGAAGUGUUCCUGAGCCCAUGUGGUGAUAUCCCUUUACACACUGAUGUCACUUGUUGAUGCAGUACCGCCUGAGGGAUCGAAGGUCACGAGCAUUGCCGCUUACGUGCGCUUACGUUUUUCCAGAAUCUCUGAACCUUUUGAUAUUACAGACCCUAGAUGGUGAAAUCCCUAUAUUCCUUGCAAUAGCUCGUUGAGAAAUGUUGUUCUUAAACUGUUCGACAAUUUGCUCACGGAUUUGUUCACAAAGUGGUGACCCUCGCCCCAUUCUUGUUUGUGAAUGACUGAGCAUUUCAUGGAAGCUGCUUUUAUACCUAAUCAUGGCACACACUUGUUCCCAGUUAGCCUGUUCACCAAUGGCAGGGGUCGGCAACCUAAAAUGUUGAAAGAGCCAUAUUGGACCAAAAUUACAAAAACAUGUCUGGAGCCGCGUGAAAAUAAAAGCCAUAUCACAUACAGAUAGUGUGUCUUGAGGAGGACUUAAAGGAACCGAAAUGAGCUCAAAUAUAGCUACAAAUGAGGCACAAUGAUGCAAUAUGUACAUAUAGCUACCCUAAAUAGCAUGUCAGCCUUGAUUAACUUGCAGUCAUGCAGUGACCAAAUAUGUCUGAUUAGCACUCCACACAAGUCAAUAACAUCAACAAAACUCACCUCUGUGCAUUCAUGCACAGCGUUAAAAGUUUGGUGGUCAAAAUGAGACGGAAAAGAAGUGGCAUAAAACAUGUCUUAGAAAGUCGGAGAAAGUUGUACAUGGAAACAAACUAAGGUGAGUUCAAGGACCGCCAAAAUUAGUAGGACAAAACAGCGCCCGCCAAAUACUCGAAUCAGUGAAGCAUCCAUCCAUCCAUUUUCUACCGCUUAUUCCCAUUUGGGGUCGCGGGGGGCGCUGGCGCCUAUCUCAGCUACAAUCGGGCGGAAGGCGGGGUACACCCUGGACAAGUCGCCACCUCAUCGCAGGGCCAACACAGAUAGACAAACAACAUUCACACUCACAUUCACACACUAGGGCCAAUUUAGUGUUGCCAAUCAACCUAUCCCCAGGUGCAUGUCUUUGGAAGUGGGAGGAAGCCGGAGUACCCGGAGGGAACCCACGCAUUCACGGGGAGAACAUGCAAACUCCACACAGAAAGAUCCCGAGCCUGGAUUUGAACCCAGGACUACAGGAACUUCGUAUUGUGAGGCAGACGCACUAACCCCUCUGCCACCGUGAAGCCUCAGUGAAGCAUGUUUAAUAAAAACAGUGUGCUUUAUAAGACUUAGGGAGGUUUGUGUCAUGUUUGUCCUCCUACAGAAACCAUAUUAAAACAAAAAAUAUAUUUUUAUAUAUAUUUUUUCCCUUAUCUGUUUCCAUCUUUCAUACAUUUUUGAAAAAGCUCCAGAGAGCCACUAAGGCAGCGCUAAAGCUCUUGAGCCGCGGGUUGCCAACCCCCGACCUAUGGGAUGUUCCAAAUAAGUGUUUGAUGAGUAUUCCUAAACUUUCUCAGUCUUUUUUGCCAGAUGUGCCAGCUUUUUUGGAAACAUGCUGCAUGCAUCAAAUUCCAAUUGAGCUAACAUUUGCUAAAAAAUAACAAAGUUUACCAGUUUUAACAUUAAACAUCUUAUCUUUGCAGUCUAUUCAAUUAAAUAUGUGUUGAAAAGGAUUUGGAAAUCAUUGUUUUCUGUUUUUAUUUAUGAUUUAUAAAUUGUGCCAACUUCACUAGUUUUGGGGUUUGUAUUUAGAGGGUAUUAAACAUGUGAGCUGUGCUUUUAUUUAAUGUACAACAGCGACUGUUUAAGGCUGUCACUUGCUGGCACCUUGUAAUAAAUGACAACAUGCAUUACC